AUGACUGCCAUCUUCCUGAUGUCCAUGCUUUUUGGUCUUGCAUGUGGGCAAGCAAUGACUUUUUGUAUUCCAACCGAGUAUACAAUGCAUGUCGAUAGGAGAGAGUGUGCUUAUUGCCUAACCAUCAACACCACCAUCUGUGCUGGAUAUUGUAUGACACGGGAUAUCAACGGCAAGCUGUUUCUUCCCAAAUAUGCCCUCUCCCAAGAUGUGUGUACAUAUAGAGACUUCAUCUACAGGACUGUAGAAAUACCAGGAUGCCCACAUCAUGUUGCUCCAUAUUUCUCCUACCCUGUCGCUGUAAGCUGCAAAUGCGGCAAAUGUAACACUGAUUAUAGUGACUGUGUACAUGAGGCCAUCAAGACAAACUACUGCACCAAACCUCAGAAGUCCUAUCUGCUGGGAUUUUCUGUGUAG